AUGGCGACUUCCAUAGCUUCCUCUUCCUCUUCAUCCUCAUCCUCUACCACUACCUCUCAAAACGUUCGUAGGGAUCCUAUUCAUCCAGCUUCUUUAUGUCGUCUCUCAACACAUUCAAGAUUCAUGGUGGAUUCUCUUCGUACCAAAGUUUCUCCAGAAUUCAUCGACUAUGUCGCCCAUAGAACUUGCGAGGUCAUUAGGAUAGCACCGCCAACCGAUCAAGCUUAUGCCACACCGCCUCCUUCACCAAAACGUUCUUGGCACGACGCCAAUGGUCAAAGAUGUCAUUGGUGGGAAUCAGUCAAAACGUCAGAAGGUGAUAUUGCCGAUCACCUUCCGGAUUUGCCAACUUUCAUAAGAGGUCUAGUCAUUCAGUCCAACGUUCAAAUGCCUACUCUUUCCGUCACCCUUCUUUAUCUAGAGCGUUUGCGCACAAAGUUACCAACAGUCGCUACCGGAAUGAAGUGUACCCGUCAUCGUGUUUUCCUCGCCGUUCUCAUCUGCGCAGCCAAAUAUCUGAACGACUCUUCUCCCAAGAACUUCCAUUGGCAAAGAUAUGCGAAAUACUUCUCCUUAUCAGAAGUCAAUCUUAUGGAAAAGCAAUUGUUAUACUUGCUCGACUACCAACUCACCGUUACCGACCGAGAGCUUCAACGUCAUUUGAAAACUUUCAACGAGAUCCUCACUUCUUCAUCCAAACCAGCUGUCGUAACUCCUUCUGUCCCUGUCGUCGCCCCCGCUGCCCCUCCCCUUCCUCAACGGACCACUCGUCCCGUGGCCAGCAAAACAUCUCUUCCUUCUCCCGUAUCUCCAGCGGAGCUACAACCAAAGUUGGGGUCUACCACUCGAUCACCUCGUCCACCUUUGUACAUCCCUGCCACUCGACCAUCACGGACGGAAUCUGGUUCACUCAAGCGUAAAAGUAUCACUGAACAUCCUGAUGUUUUCUCCGAUGACGAGUCCUCCCCCUCUCCCUCGUCUAUCCGAAGAACAACUUCUCUCUCUCCGUCCGAAUACGCCUUGUCUGGUCUUCAACUCGCCCCAACACCAGGUCUCGCUCGUAGAGGAUCUAUCGAUUCUCAGUGUUCGGAAGUGUCAGCAGUUUCAGACGCGACAACAUCGACAGCUACUACUCCUCCGGAUUCCAGCAUGCUCGUCUCUACAUCGGGGAGGAUCACCGUUCAAGCACCUCCUUUCAUUCGUCAGGCUUCCUACUCUCGUAAACCUGGACAUAUCUUUAUCAGCAUGGGAGAAACUGGUAGCACUCCUCCAGAGGGACACGACGUGUUGUCAAAUUCGAAGGGUUCGACAAGUUCGCCACAAUGGACGUCGAAAUUACGUUUAUUGAGAAAACACAGUCAUGUAGUUUCAAUGAACCCAAGUCGAGGUGUGGCGGCAUCGUGAAUCGUUCGGAACCUGCGAGCUAUCUGCAGGUCUGAUGGAACGCGAGGAAAAGAAGUAUAAUGUGUAAAAAAUCAGAAAUAAAUGGAGGAGAACGUCAGUGGAGAGAUACACGGAUCUUGGUUGUAAAGUAGAGUCCAUGCUGUUGACUCGCACCGUUCUAGGACUUCCUGUUGUAGGCAAUAUAUAUGGUAGUAGUGUGAUAUGUUGAGGCGACUGGGUCGUCAAUAGGAAUGCAUUGUCCGAUGAACACUUUUCAAUUUGG